AUGAAGCGCAACCCGAGCCAUAAGGAAAAGGAAUUCAAGGCUACAGGCCACGUGUCAACUGUGCAAUUCCACUGUAUGACCUCCAUCUCUGGUUGCGAAUAUGGGGAAGACCACAUGGUGCUCAAGAAAGUCCCCACACUCCGCCUUCCAAACCCCCCGAGCCCCUCCAACGCCGCCGGCAGUUGGCUUCUCUCCGCCUGCAAGUACCCCAAGACCCCAUCUUUCGCUAUCGAUCGCGACCAACCCGAUGAUGAUGGCAGCGGAGGCGCCCGCGACCCUGCCGCCACCCUCUCCGACGUCGACCGUUUCCUCUACGAGAACUUCGGCUCCCUCUACUACCGCGACAAAGACGGCACUGAAUUCUCCUCUGAAUCCCCCAGCUAUGACGCCGAGCUCACGGCGGGCAUGAUCCGAUCGUCGGAGCGCUUCUUCGUGUCCCCCGGUACGUCCAACUCUCUCCUCGAUGAGGCCCGGCCGAGCGCCGCCGCGUCGUCGUCGUCUUCCCGGCGGUCCGACGCCGGUCCGGCGGUCCUCGGCGACGGGGUGGCGGUGACGACCUUCACCAAGGACCCCUACGACGAUUUCCGGCGGUCCAUGCAGGACAUGGUGGAAGCCCGACACGUGGAUCCCCGCCAGCCGUUGGAUUGGGACUUCAUGGAGGAGCUCCUCUUCUGCUACUUGGAGCUCAACGACCGGAGCGUCCACAAGUACAUCCUCAGAGCCUUCACCGAUCUGGCGGUCAGCUACCGCCGCAGGGGAAGGCGGCGGAGGAAGACCAAGGAAGGGCAAGUGGCCGUGGUGCCACGUAAUUUUCCGGUGGGUGUGACCGGGAGGUCUUGA